AUGAGCCUCGCACCGAGGCACUUGGUUUCUAUCUAUCUAUCUAUUGAUUCACUUUUCUUUCUGUCUAUGAGGCGCGUGCUCUCACACACAUUCACCCAUACGCACCGCUGCCCUUUGUUUUGCCGCAAUUGCCUUCCCCAUCUUUUGAGCGCUGGGAGCAGUGUAAGAUUUCAGCGAGUUUUCCCCAAUAAACCAACUACGACAACCGUCACAAUCCACCCAGCAAGCAACCAUGCACAACUUCCAGCACAGCCUCUUCCUUCGAGCACAAUAACUGCUGCGUGUGAUGCUGUCUGUGAUGCUGCUGUGAUGGGAUGUGACAGCACCAUUGACCAAACCCGGCGCCACCCACUCCCAGAAGUCGCCCCCUCUCGUGUUUGA